AAAAAUAAGUUCGUUAUAUCGGUAAGUUCGUUAUAAGCAUGUUCCUUAUAAACGUAGUUUACUGUAUUCAUAAAGUCAGCAACGUCGCACCUGACAAUUACAAGGCAGUGCACGCGUGUCGAUUGUUCCUGGAUGGAAUGCAUUCACAGUUUGACCUGGUAUAUAGACAGAUACAAGGUCACAGCAUGUUGAAGUGGUGCGGGAGCUUGGCUGAUAGCAACGUUUAGUACUUGAGGCAGUUUACGAGCAUCAAGCUGCCUUCCUUGCAAGUCAAUUGACAAGCCCGUGAACUUGAUCGCAUGUGAGUGUACAUGGCAGACACAAUGGAUCCAAUAGCAGAAGUAAAGAUGUACGAGAACUCCAGCGAGCUGCUACCGCUGAUGAUCGGAGGACCGGGGCCCGACACGCUCCAAGACUGUAAGGGAAUGUUCAUGCAGGCGACUGCCGCAGUGUUGGAAACGGACAAUGACAUGACGCAGACAUUCCGAUAUGCAGAUGCACGAGGCGACCGGGAGUUCCUAGAUCAACUUGCUAAGUUCCUGUCUCAGGAGUAUAACGAUACAGUCACUAGCUCGCAGCUCAUGUUGACGGCAGGGGCAACUCAAGGUCUCCAUUUCUUGGCGUCUCUGCUGUUCAGUAAAAACACCGUGGCAUUUGUGGAGGACCCGACCUACUACGCUGCGUACAGGCUAUUGCAGCAUGACCUCCAGAUGAAUGUAGUUCCCGUGCAGACAGACGCGGAUGGAAUCGACACCAAUGUUCUGGACAAGUUAUUGUCUGAACACCGUCCAAAGUCCUUUGCUGUUACACCGGAGCGGCCAUUCUGGGCGAUGAUCUAUGUCAUUCCAGUCUUCAAUAACCCAACAGGACAGUGCUACUCACAAGAGAGAUGCUGUGAGUUGGUACGUUUGGCCAGACAGCAUGACGUGCUGGUCGUAGCUGAGGAUAUAUAUAACCUGGUGUACUACGGAGAAAACAGUCCAAAACGUCUCCUGGCGUAUGACAAAUCUGACCCUGCUUACAAGGGCAACGUUGUCUCCAACUGCACAUUUUCCAAGAUUCUGGCUCCUGGGCUUCGCCUUGGAUGGCUGGAGGCUCCGGAGAGGGUCCUUGGUGCUCUAGACAACAGUAAUGUGGCAUGGAGUGGAGGCAGUCUGAACCACUACGCCUCCAAGAUAGCGACAGCCAUCAUGAAACUAGGCUUGCAGCAGAAGCAUGUGCAGACACUCAGACAGAUCUACAAGGACCGGAUGGUGUUGAUGUGCGAGACUCUUCAGAAAGGCCUGCCAUCUUGUGCCACUUUUAAACAACCACAGGGAGGCUUCUUUGUGUGGGUGCAACUACCGGAAGCUGUGGACGCACUACUACUCCUCAGGAUGGCCGUUAAAAAAUAUAAGAUCAAUUUUCUUCCAGGAUUUUGUGCCUCCCCCAGCGGAGGCUACAAGAACUAUGUGAGACUGUCCAUCAGCUUCUGUAAUCAGGCCACCCUGACCCGGGGACUUGAAGCUUUCUGUUCCGCCAUCCGCGACUUCAUCGCCGGAGAAACACAAUAAGGUAGUCAUGGCAACAGAAGUAACCCCAUCGCCCUUUGGUCAAGAUUGGUCUAAGAUCAUAUUCAGGAGGACAUGGAGGGAUGCAUCUGUUUCUUCUCUUCCCAUUUUUUUUUCUUCUUUCUUUCUUCAAAUUUGUCUUACUGAACAUUCUGGAUGUCACUUUCUAAUUGUGGGGUUUAGUUUACGAAUGAUAUCAACAUUGAAAGGCAUGCUUGACUAAAGAUUUUAACAUGUUACAUUCGCUAUUGUGGAAUAGGUAAUAUUGUUAAAAUUAACUUAAGCCUCAUCUUUUAGGCUUGGUUUACAGAUGCACAAGGGUUAUUAUUUUUAUAUGACCACAUAUGCGUAUUAUGGAACAUAUGUUUUUAUUCUACAUAGGCAUGGCUUGCCAGUCUCACUGCAUUACACAUUCCCAUUGCUGCUGUAGACUUUCAGAUAUGGCUGUCCCGUCAAUGUUAAACCCGAAUCAAAGGUCAGGCCAACCAAUCCUUAAAACACACCGAAUGGCACAACUUUUUGUAAUGUCAUGCAUCACAGAGUUAUUCCAGCUAUGUCACAAGGCAUUUCGGUCGAAAUAAAAAUAAAAAUAUAUUUCAAUUAUUUGUCUAUAUGCAAUCUCAUUGAAAUCAUAUCUUAGUUCUCACUAUCGCUU